AUGAUCCCCCAGCGUAUAGUUGAUGCUCCAUUCUAUAUCUUCAGCAAUUUCCUCGAGCGACGAGCGUGUUCUCUGAAGAUCCCUGUCAGUCCACGGACCACCUUGGAGGUCAAUAACAUGCUCUCGCUGGUUUUCAGCUCUAGCAAAACAGAGAGGACACCUUGGAACCUUACAAAAUUUGCCCGUGUACAUUCCGAAGAAACCGAUGUUGCGAAAGAUUUGAUAGGAAUUAAGAAGGCACGUCUGGCACCCGCCCCUCUGCCACUUUCGGAUCUCGAUAAUGGAAUUGUGGGAUGGGAGUCACAAGAUGACCCAGACAUGCCCCUCAAUUUUCCAGAAAGUCGCAAGUGGUUCCUUAUUGCGUUGCUCGCUAGCAUUACGUUCAUCUCACCACUCGCAUCAUCUAUGUUUGCUCCAGCAGUCUCCUUCAUGGACAUAACAUUCCACAAUUCAUCUCCUCUUCUCAGCUCUCUUUCUGUGAGCAUAUUCGUGCUCGGAUACGUCGUGGGACCUUUGAUCCUAGCGCCGCUGUCUGAAAUUUAUGGUCGUCGUUAUGUUCUGACGGGGGCGAACAUCUUUUUCUGUGUAUGGCAAAUUGGCGCUGCACUCUCGCCUAACCUGUCAGCGUUGAUCGUUUUCAGAUUCUUGGCCGGAAUCGGUGGCUCUGGAUGUUUGACUAUUGGAGGAGGCGUUAUUGCGGACCUGUUUCAUCCUGAUCGUCGUGGACUUGCAAGCUCUGUGUAUAGUUUGGGCCCUCUCUUUGGCCCAGUUUUGGGCCCGGUGUGUGGAGGGUUUAUUGGUCAGAGACUUGGUUGGAGGUGGGUUUUUUGGAUUCUACUCAUUGCAGGCUCGCUUGUUACAAUUGCCAUCGAGAUUUUGAACCGUGAAACAAAUCCAAGGGUUUUAAUUCAGCGCAAAGUUACCCGUCUUCGAAAGGAGUUAAAUCGGACUGACCUCCGGAGCUGCUACGAAACUAACGGCCAGGUGCACUCACCAACAGGCAUUCUUCUCAAUGGCAUUGUCCGUCCAUUGAAGAUGCUCUUUCUCUCCCCCAUCAUCUUCCUCCUCUCGCUCUACAUGGCCGUAGCCUAUGGUCUGCUCUACCUGCUCUUUACAACGGCAACUCAGGUCUUCACGGAAACUUAUCACUGGCAACCAGAUAUCUGCGGUCUCGCAUAUAUUGGUCUUGGUAUUGGCUUCUUCGCAGGUCUCGGGGUUGUGGCUCGAAUCUCGGAUGCUACUGUCGUCCGCAUGACAAAGGCUAAUGAUGGUGUUUUCGAGCCAGAGAUGCGCCUACCAGCCUGCAUCUUUUUCGCUUGCUGGCUUCCUGUAACUUUUUUCUGGUACGGCUGGUCAGCUGAUAAGGCUGUGCAUUGGAUCGUUCCCGUAAUUGGCUUGAUCCCAUUUGGCUUUGGCAUGAUGGGCAUCUUCAUCCCGAUCCAAACAUACACAAUCGAUUCCUUCCCACAAUUUGCAGCUUCUGGCGUUGCAGCCCUGACUGUAUCUCGAUCUCUAUUCGGCGCUUUUCUGCCCCUCGCCGGCCCAAGCAUGUACUCCAAACUUGGUCUUGGGUGGGGAAAUUCCGUAUUGGGAUUUAUUGCGAUUGGGCUUAUUCCCGCUCCUAUACUGAUCUACAAGUUCGGAGGGAGGAUCAGAAAGAAUUACCCGGUCAAGCUGUAA